GAAUACCACUGAGCGACUGUCCUUGGUUGUCUCUACACUACUACACAAAGCAAACCAACCCCACGCUCUCCGCGUGUCAGAGGAGGAAGCAAAGACACCUGUUUGAAGAAAUCGUUGUAUUCAAAGCCACCUGUGUACUUAUUUGUACCAGGAGUGGCCUGGUCCACCUGCCGGGAAAGGUCUGGGCGUGAUUGCUAGGACCCUGUAUUUUGCAAAUAGCUGUCUUGGAGGGCAACUUGCCCUCCUGAAAACUGUGACCUCACCAGGAGCCCCACCGAGGAAUAGGAGUGAUACCCCUGGGCCGCCUUCCUCUGGAGCGUUUACUUGACCAGAGGGAGUGGGUGGUUGGGGCUACUUUGACCUACUGUCCAGGCCCGAUUGCCCGUCUGGCCUCCACGUCAAGGCACCAUGGCUGCGGGGGUAGCGGCAUGGCUGCCCUUUGCCAGGGCAGCGGCCAUCGGGUGGAUGCCCGUGGCCUCGGGCCCCAUGCCAGCUCCCCCGAGGCAGGAGAGAAAAAGGACCCAGGACGCUCUGAUCGUGCUGAACGUGAGUGGCACCCGUUUCCAAACGUGGCAGGACACCCUGGAGCGGUACCCGGACACCCUGCUGGGCAGUUCCGAGAGGGACUUCUUCUACCACCCGGAGACCCAGCAGUAUUUUUUUGACCGGGACCCGGACAUCUUCCGCCACAUCCUGAACUUCUACCGCACCGGCAAGCUCCACUAUCCUCGCCACGAGUGCAUCUCCGCCUACGACGAAGAGCUGGCCUUCUUUGGCCUCAUCCCCGAGAUCAUCGGCGACUGCUGCUACGAGGAGUACAAGGACCGCCGGCGGGAGAACGCCGAGCGCCUGCAGGACGACGCGGACUCGGACAGCACCGGCGAGAACGCGCUGCCCACCAUGACUGCCCGGCAGAAGGUCUGGCGGGCCUUCGAGAACCCCCACACCAGCACGAUGGCCCUGGUGUUCUACUAUGUCACCGGCUUCUUCAUCGCCGUCUCGGUCAUCGCGAACGUGGUGGAGACGGUGCCCUGUGGGUCCAGCCCGGGGCACAUCAAGGAGCUGCCCUGCGGGGAGCGGUACGCCGUGGCCUUCUUCUGCCUGGACACGGCCUGCGUCAUGAUCUUCACGGUGGAGUACCUGCUGCGCCUGGCUGCGGCCCCCAGUCGCUACCGCUUCGUCCGGAGCGUCAUGAGCAUCAUCGACGUGGUGGCCAUCCUGCCUUAUUACAUCGGGCUGGUCAUGACAGACAAUGAGGAUGUGAGCGGGGCCUUUGUCACCCUCCGCGUCUUCCGUGUCUUCCGGAUCUUUAAGUUUUCCCGCCACUCGCAAGGCCUGCGCAUCCUGGGCUACACCCUCAAGAGCUGUGCGUCCGAAUUGGGCUUCUUGCUCUUCUCGCUCACCAUGGCUAUCAUCAUUUUCGCGACCGUGAUGUUCUACGCCGAGAAGGGGUCUUCCGCCACCAAGUUCACCAGCAUUCCUGCGGCCUUCUGGUAUACCAUUGUCACCAUGACAACACUAGGGUAUGGUGACAUGGUACCAAAAACCAUAGCAGGGAAGAUUUUUGGAUCCAUCUGCUCGUUGAGUGGGGUCUUGGUCAUUGCUCUACCCGUUCCAGUGAUUGUAUCCAACUUCAGUCGGAUCUACCACCAAAAUCAACGCGCAGACAAAAGGAGGGCACAAAAGAAAGCCAGACUCGCCAGGAUACGGGCAGCCAAAAGCGGAAGUGCAAAUGCUUACAUGCAAAGUAAACGGAAUGGUUUGCUCAGUAAUCAACUGCAGUCCUCUGAGGAUGAGCAGGCCUUUGUCAGCAAAUACAGCUCCAGCUUUGAAAGCCAGCACCACCACCUGCUUCACUGCUUGGAAAAGACCACGAAUCACGAGUUUGUGGAUGAACAAGUGUUUGAAGAAAGCUGCAUGGAGGUUUCGACUGUUAAUCGUCCUUCAAGUCAUAGUCCCUCUCUCUCUUCACAACAAGGAGUCACCGGCACUUGCUGUUCACGACGACACAAAAAAACUUUCCGCAUCCCAAGUGCCAAUGUAUCAGGAAGCCAUCGAGGCAGUGUGCAAGAACUCAGUACGAUUCAGAUCAGAUGUGUGGAGAGAAACCCGCUAUCUAACAGCCGAUCCAGUUUAAAUGCCAAAAUGGAAGAAUGUGUUAAACUAAACUGUGAACAACCUUAUGUGACUACAGCAAUAAUAAGCAUCCCAACACCUCCAGUAACCACUCCCGAAGGAGAUGACAGGCCAGAGUCUCCCGAAUACUCAGGCGGAAACAUUGUCAGAGUGUCUGCUUUGUAGACAGUUGGAAUCAGGUCUAGCGGAAUU